GGCCCCCAAACCUCAUCCAGCCAGCCAGACAGCCAGCCAGCCAAUGCUCGGUAAGCCCCCAUUUUUGCCCCAGGGCCCCAGGCAGGCCCUCACCACCAGCUCCUGCAGUCAAAUCGUCCUGCCUAUCAGUUGCUGCCGUCGAUGCACAGAGGGCGCUUCUUGGCCCCAUACCCUUCCCACCCCCCCUGUCGUGUCUCAUCCUCACCCUCGCUCGCUCUCGUCCUCGCCCUCGCCCAGCGUGUUGCUCGACUGUUCUCCUCCACCCCGUCCACACGCACGCACUUCCUCGACCUCCUUGCUGCCCUGGACCUUGACCUUGACCACGAACCAACAACACGUUUCUCCCACCUUUUGUUUCUCCUUUUUCCCCCCUCCCUAUCCUACCCUACCUAUCCUUCGGGCCCCGCCACUCUUGCAUUGCCCUCACUCUACAAAGAUAUCCCGUCCGGCUCUUCUUUGACUAGAAUGAUCCCGCCCCGAACGCAAUGACAGGUCGAACGUGACACGGCAGACGCCUGGACUAUACCCACUCGUCCCCCCUCUUGGACUUGCACGCCGCCUGGGAAGCACCUCCUCCCAAGGAACCUAAUCGAGAACAAAUCGAAUAUCAUCGGUCCCCAUCGCUUAUCACGCAGAAACACCUUGCUGUGCCUGGUGACCGCGUUGAAAGAGACCUAUCUGAUGGGCCUCCACCUUGGCUCGGGCCAUAUCUUAUUUGCCAGCCUUUAAAAUCAUCCACCCAUCGCUUACCCCGACUGCUGCGUAUUACCACCACGAGAUACCGGCCGCGACCCGGUCAGCAGAUAAAGCCCGCCGACUGAACCCCCCUUCCUUGCUUGGAACAUCCCAAUCCUUGGCGGCUGGGACUUGUGCGGCCUCUUUGUGCCCUGGCUACUUGACCACCACCGCCUGCUCCGUCAAAAAGGUCUUGCUUUCCCCACCGUGGUGCAUCUGGCCGGCUCGGAACACUACGACGCGAUCAAGACACGACUGCGUUUCUACGCCCAGUCCUGCAGCACACCUAUAUCAUUAGACCUAUACACUGCGGCGUGGCUAGCCCAGGCCCACAAAAUAUCCAAGCUUGAAGCCAGUCAAUUCAGGCUCGUCCACACAUUGCACAUCUUUCAUACGACGUCUUCCACCUCGGAAAGCCGUUCGCCAUGGCCAUGUUGGCCUCGAAGUCGCCGUACCAGGCGUCACUUUCCUCCAACCAGUCGACACUGGUUCCCUCGAGCGCCACCCAGUCCUCCUACCCACCCCCGAGGAGAGCUGCGACAAUCCCGACCACCAGCCAGUCUUUUGCCAGUCCCACUGAAUCCGAGUUCUCCGAUGGCGAUGGACCAGACUCGGUCAAAUACUGGGAUGAAGAUAGGGUAUGCGAGUACCUGAGGACAGUCAAAUGUGGUGACUACGAGAAUUUGUUCAGGAAGAAUCACAUCAAUGGCGAGAAUCUGCUGGAAAUGGACAAGGAGGUCCUGAAAGAGAUGGGCAUCGAUAAGGUUGGCGAUAGGGUUCGGCUGUUCCUGGGCAUCAAAAAGCUGAGGACCCAGGCUUACGCCAACCAAAAGAAGCGCAAUAGGGAUUCCUUCGGAGGUCUGGAUCUGCAGCAGUAUACGCCUUCAUCCUCCGGCUCGCCCCGUCCCCCGACUUCGGCAUCUCGUUCUCAACCUACACCGUUGCUGAACAAGAGAUACUCUCGGCAAUAUGAUAUGGCAGUUCCUCUCGAUGUCGCAAAACCCUCCUCCAGGCCCACCUCUCCCAUGCCCGGCUCGGACUACAAGCCCGCGCCUCGCCAGGCAUACGCGCAAGGAACAGUGGGCCAUGGCCUACCUGCCGGGCCCCGCCCACCCACGUCCCCUGCCCAGGUGCGCGCCGGCCCAAUAGCCCACCACAGGAAUGGCUCAAGCGCCGAUGGAUCUCUCAUGGCAGCCUUGCCUCACAACCAGGAUGUCAUCCGUGUUAUCUCCACUGGUGGAGUCACGAAGGUGGUUAAGAUCGCCGAUUGUAGGAACUGCGCUGAAGUGAUGCGCCUGACUUUACGCAAGUUUGCCCUCAGAGAAGACCACGAAAGGAAUUAUUGUUUCUGGAUACUGGUGGGCGUCGACGCCAACCCCAAGAUGUGCCGCCGCCUUGGUGACACAGAAUUGUGGAAGAUCAUCAAGGACGAGAAAAGGCCAGAGCGGAACCGACUUAUUCUUAGGAGGGUGCCAGCUGGUGAGCCCGGCCGUGGCGAGCUUGAACGCGCCGCCGCCAUUGCUAUGGAGGAGAACCAACAGAAUCAUCACCGGGCAAUGGGGAGCAUCAGCCAUGCGAGUCAGUCCAAGGUUCAGAAGGUACUCGGCGAGAGCUGGGAUUCCAUGCAGCCACCACUGUCGCCUGUCACGUACCAAGACCGCGAAAGAAAUAUCCAAGAUACCACACGCGACCUGGAGAGACCCGCUUCUAACGAUUCGAAGUCGCCGAACCCCAGGACUCGCAAGGUCCUGCGACAGUUUGGUGGGCUGCGGCCGCCCAGUGAGCUUAUUGCAUCUGAUCUCACGUCUUACUUCCCCGACCACCCCCGGGAGGACAUUGACCGGACCGCUCGGUUGUCUAUGAGGAGGUCACAACGCUUGAGCAAGUACAACAGCCGCCUCAGCGUUGCUAGCAACCUCAGCUUCGCCUCGAGCGUGCAGGAUGCGCCUCCGAUCCCCACCAUUGCCGACAGCUGGCUCAAUGCUGGCACUCAGAUCGCCAAGGUCCAACCCAGGAGCAUACACGGGCGGAUGACGCCAAUGUUCAGGGACUCUGUGUCCUCGUCCGUGCUUGACACCCUCCAGGAGGAAUCGAGCCCCGUUGAGCCUAACAGGAAGUCGUAUGUGUCCUUUGCCGACAGUGGGUCCGAUACGGCUGCCGUCAGUGUGACAGACCCCGAGGGCAAUGUGGUCCGGCACAGCUACUUCGACGGCGAAAGCAGCACCGGUGGCUCAGGUUCGAGCUCCCUCAGAGAUGUCAACCAGGCCCUCAACGACGACGGCGAGGAUGCCGACGAGGAGUUGCAGAGCUUCCUAUCCGGCGAGUCCUGGGAUGACAACAAGUGGAUGAAGGGUGCCCUCAUCGGCCAGGGUUCUUUCGGUUGUGUGUACCUUGCGCUGCAUGCCGUCACGGGCGAGCUUCUUGCUGUCAAGCAAGUCGAGUCACCUUCACCUGGCGCCAACUCGCAGAACGACUCGCGCAAGAAGAGCAUGAUCGAGGCACUCAAGCGGGAGAUCAGCCUGCUCCGAGACCUUCGACACCCCAACAUUGUGCAAUACCUAGGGUGCAGUUCCUCUUCGGACUACCUCAACAUUUUCCUCGAGUAUGUCCCAGGUGGUUCGGUGCAGACCAUGCUGAACUCGUAUGGUGCCCUGCCUGAGCCGCUCGUGCGCAGCUUCGUGCGGCAGAUCCUGACUGGUCUGUCUUAUCUGCACGGCAAGGAGAUUAUUCACCGUGACAUCAAGGGAGCCAACAUUCUCGUCGAUAACAAGGGCACGAUCAAGAUCUCUGAUUUCGGCAUCUCCAAGAAGCUCGAGGCCACCAACAUCCUCAGCGGUGCGAACAACAACAAGCACCGGCCUUCGCUGCAGGGCUCUGUCUACUGGAUGGCACCUGAGGUGGUCAAGCAGACCAGCUACACACGCAAGGCGGACAUCUGGUCCCUGGGCUGCCUGGUCGUCGAGAUGAUGACGGGCACACACCCCUUCCCAGACUGCACGCAGCUGCAGGCCAUCUUCAAGAUCGGUGGCUCAAAGGCGGCGCCCACGAUCCCCGAGCACGCAAGCGAGGAGGCGCAGGGCUUCCUCGCCCAGACCUUCGAGCUGGACCACAACAAGCGCCCCAGCGCCGAUGAGCUGAUGGUCCAUCCUUUCUUGACGCCCAUCACCUAAACAGCAGGUGUGCGGCAAACUACUUCUUUCUACUUCUUCUCCCCCCUCUUCCUCUUCUCUUCUCUUCUUUCUUUUUAUGUGUAUAUAGAUAGACCAAGACUUACUACGUGUUCCGGUAUCACGAGACACGAUCACAAGACAGGCGGACGGGACGGAACACCUACUGAAUACCUACUGGAUAUGUAUUGCAUGCGGAGCAGCAGGACGACUAUGGGGAGGCAUAUUUUGAGGACAGAGUAAUAAUACUCCGGGUGUGUGGGCGAGGCUUGCCCCGGUGGGCACGAUAAAAAGCGAAUGUUGGGCCGUGUACUGGUACUAUUUCAUCUCCCGAGACUUUUGUACGAUCUGGAAAUUGAGAAAAGACCUCCAUAUUGAUGC